CUCCAGUUCCAUUUGCCUGCCUUGUUCAGUUGCGCUUCGUCUUCCUCCCCACCUCGCCGCGCAGAUCGGAGAGCGGGCGAGCCAAGGAGGAAGGAGGGGAGAGCCGACGAUCCAGGCAAGCAAGAUGCAGUACAAGAACCUGGGCCGCUCGGGGCUGCGCGUCAGCCAGCUCUCGUACGGGGCCUGGGUCACCUUCGGCAACCAGCUCGACGUCAAGGAGGCCAAGGCGCUGCUGCAGGCGUGCCGCGACGCCGGCGUCAACUUCUUCGACAACGCCGAGGUCUACGCCAACGGCCGCGCCGAGGAGAUCAUGGGCCAGGCCAUCCGCGACCUCGGCUGGCGCCGCUCCGACGUCGUCAUCUCCACCAAGCUCUUCUGGGGCGGCCAGGGGCCCAACGACAAGGGCCUCUCCCGCAAGCACAUCGUCGAGGGCCUCAAGGGCUCGCUCAAGCGCCUCGACAUGGACUACGUCGACAUCGUCUACUGCCACCGCCCCGACGCCUCCACGCCCAUCGAGGAGACCGUGCGCGCCAUGAACUGGGUCAUCGACCAGGGAUGGGCCUUCUGCUGGGGCACGUCCGAGUGGUCCGCGCAGCAGAUCACCGAGGCAUGGGCGGUCGCCAACCGCCUCGACCUCGUCGGGCCCAUCGUCGAGCAGCCAGAGUACAACCUCUUCUCGCGACACAAGGUUGAGUCCGAGUUUGUACCUCUUUACAGCACCUAUGGUAUUGGUUUAACUACUUGGAGUCCUCUAGCUUCAGGAGUACUAACUGGAAAAUAUGGCAAAGGGAACAUACCUGCUGAUAGCAGGUUUGCCCUAGACAAUUACAAGAACUUGGCUAACAGAUCCCUGGUCGACGAGACGCUCCGUAAAGUGAAUGGGCUAAAACCCAUUGCCGCUGAACUUGGUGUCUCAUUAGCUCAACUUUCAAUUGCUUGGUGUGCAUCAAACCCCAAUGUCUCAUCUGUGAUCACAGGAGCCACUAAAGAAAGCCAGAUUGUGGAGAACAUGAAGGCUCUUGAUGCCAUUCCUCUGCUGACUCCGGAGGUCCUCGACAAGAUCGAGGCGGUAGUCCAAAGCAGGCCGAAACGCACUGAGUCAUACAGGUGAAGUGGGUGCAGAAUGAGUGCCAGGGAGAGAUUCGGCUUUCAUCUGAUCAGAGUUUAGGCCAUGCUACCUCACCAGCGUUUGAUAUCAUGGAACUAUAUGCAUGCUCUUGUGUAUUCUGGGUGUCCAGUCGUGGUGCUGUGUUCAAAACAUUUCCCAUGUGGUCACGAACAGUAGUUUGUCCUUGUGUAUUCUGCAUUUCCCGAUGGCAUCUAUUCCGAUUCCUGGUAUUCCGUCCUGCUUGCAUUGUGAAAUUUGUGGAGGAUCCGUCUUUCAACAAGAAGAAUUAUUGAGGACCCUGGAUGAUAUGAUCCUACUGGUUCUGCUGC